ACUGUAUCUCCAUACUGCUGCUACCUACUGUAUCUCCAUACUGCCGGUUGAGGAGACGGUUAGAGUCUACCGCGGUUCAUGUAGCUACAUCCUGCAUGAAAAAUAACACACACACACAAGAUCAUUUGCCAUAACAAUUAACAGAAAACGUGGGCAGUUUUAUAACAUACAUUUAUAAAGGAUUUCAAAGGAUGUCCAGUCGAGGUUGUGCGGGUCCGUCUGGGCUCCGGAGGAAGCGGGACACCGAGGAGCACCAGAAGGAGAGGAGACGGGCUCUGCAGGCCCGACACCGAGCCAACCUAGCCACUCUGUUCGAGACGCUCAAAACCGUCGUCUGUCCCACAUCCAACAAGAUGCCUGCUAAGUGGAAGAUCUUGGACCAUGCCAAAGGAUUUCUCAAAGAGCAGGAAGCCUACCUGAGCAGACUGAUGCUACUGAAAGGGAUAUUCCUCGGUAAUGAAGGCGGGCCGUGCAGCUUGGAUGAAGUAAGGGCAGAGUACCGGAGGCUGCAGUCACACAGCAGCUCCAUGCGCUCCAGAAGACCUGGUGGUCCCAGACGUCGUGGCGCAGCUGACAGAGAGGACCUGACUGAGACCAGUGAGGAAGACUCUGCGGAGGAGACUCUGGAUGACUCCGUCCCCUCUCAGACCUCCAUCAGCUCUCUAACCAACAUCCUGGAGUUUGAAGGGUACUUGUUGUUCUACAGACAGACACUAGAGAAGUUGGUUUGUAGCGGUGUGCUGAGCCCGGGACAGACUGGUCUGGCUGUAGUAUCUGAAGCUAUCUCAGGCCUGUGGGAUAGCUUCUCUCCAGAGCGCCGGGCAGCCUACCAGACCUGUACCCCCCAGCAGAGCACCCUGGGCUGGGAAGGGCCGGCAGAGAGACCCCCUAAUCCUGGUCCUGACACCCACCUCCACCUCGCGCUCCAGCCCUCCACUCAGGCAAACAGCCAGGGAGGCUCUUCUCCUUCUACCUAUGAAGAGGACCUGCUUCAGGAUGCCUAUGAUGUGGUGAAGAAAGCGAUGGACUCCACUUCAGACGACAGUCCUGUCCUGGCCCCUCCUCAGUGUGGGGACUUUGAGAAGCUCCGGGAGAUCUAUAAGGACAUCAUGUGUUUCGUCAAGACUCAGAUGGUGGAGAAACCAGAACAUAACCAGGACCUGUGUCUGUCUGCUGUGAGGGACUAUGAGGAGAUCUUUCUCCAGUGUUCAGAGUCCUUCGACAGUGAGGACAUGUGAUCCACAGGAGGCUGCUGUCCGGAAUGACAUCAAACACCUGGAAACCGUGGAAACCAAUGUAUUUAACACCGUCCCACUGAUUCAGCUCCAGCCAAUACCAACGAGCCUGUUCUCCCCGAUUAAAACCCCAACUUCCUGUCAUGUCAACACCUAUUUGUUGUGUUUGUUCCUGGUGAAAUGAAAGACACAUUGUGUUACUUAUUAUUACUUGUUAAAUGAUCACUAUUUGUGAUUUGUUUUAUAAAUGUUCAGCUUUU